AUGUGUGUAGAUAGUAGACGUGGAUGCAUGAUGGAUAUAGCAUUAGAUUCGAUGAUGUUGAUUUACCUUGGGAAACCACUACCAUGCGCCAGAAUAUUAGUAACAGAGGUUUUAGGAAGUAUCUCAGACUUGUCCUCCCCAUCAACACAAAAUUGCACGCAACUCAAUCAACAAGCCCGCAUCAUGACCGACACACAUUCUCUUCCCAUACCAGGUGUUAAACAUGGAGAACGCAUGGCUCUAUCCAUACUCGACGGGAGACCACAAACGGAUCCCCAAAGUCCUUGGGUCUCAGUACCAGUAGACGAGGAAGAUAUUUCUAAAGGAUAUAAGGAUAUCACGUAUAGUCAGUUUGCGAAUGCCGUAAAUCAUGCUGCACACUGGUUGGUGCAACAUCUUCCAGCAUCGCAGGAGUCUUUUGAACCUUUUGCUUAUGUUGGUCCAAAGGAUUUAAGAUAUCCUAUUUUGGCUAUGGCUGCUGGAAAGGUGGGCAGAGUGCUAGAGAAUCAAUCAAUUCAAUCUGAUGCUCUUUCUGGUCUCAAGAAACCCAAUAUAACUGUUGGUUAG